AUGUCAAUACGAAAUAUAAAUUCAAAUAAAGAUGAAAAAUUCAUCCAUUCAAAUUCAACAGAAGGUUUAGAACAAAAUGAAUCAUCAACUGGUUAUAUCGAUGAUUUAGAAUCUCAAACUGAAAAAGAUAUAGCUGAUGAAUUACAACAAGGUUUAAAAGCUCGUCAUAUUCAAUUGAUUGCACUUGGUGGUACUAUUGGUACUGGUCUUUUUGUUGGUUCAGGUGCCGCAUUAAGUUCUUGUGGUCCUGCUGGGUUAUUAACUGCUUAUUUAAUUAUGUCUAUUGUUAUAUAUUUUAUUAUGAAUCAAUUGGGUGAAAUGGUUUGUUAUUUACCUACAAAAGGUGGUGCAAUUUCUGAUAUUGUUCAAAGAUAUGUUGAUGAAUCUUUGGGGUUUGCUACGGGUUGGAUUUAUUAUUAUACUUUUAUUAUAUUAGUUUGUACUGAAGUUACAGCUGCUUCUAUUGUUAUUGAUUAUUGGACUGAUAAAGUUCAUAUUGCAGUUUGGAUUACAAUUUUCUUACUUGUUAUUAUUGGAUUAAAUUUCCUUGCUGUGAAAUAUUAUGGUGAAGCUGAAUUUUGGUUUUCUUCAUUGAAAAUCAUUUGUAUAUUGGGUCUUAUUAUCCUAGGUAUUGUUAUUUUUUUUGGUGGUGGACCAAAUCAAACUUCAAUUCGUGGUUUUCAAUAUUGGAAUAAUCCAGGUGCAUUUGCUGAACAUUUAAGUUCUGGUAACACUGGUAGAUUCUUAGAUGUUUGGACUGGUGUUAUUAAAUCAGGUUUUGCAUUUAUAACAGGUCCAGAAUUAGUUGCAAUUGCCGCUGCAGAAACUAAAAAUCCAAGAAGAAAUAUCUCGAAAGCUGCAAGAAGAUUUGUCUACAGAUUAAUGUUUUUCUAUGUCAUUGGUUCCUUGGUCAUUGGUAUUAUGGUUCCAUCAAAUAAUAAACAAUUAUUAAAUGGGUCAAGUACUGCAUCUGCUUCACCUUUUGUUAUUGGGAUUCAAAAUGUUGGUAUAAAAGGUUUAAAUCAUGUUAUUAAUGGUGCAAUCUUAACAUCGGCUUGGUCUUCAGGUAAUUCAUUUUUUUAUGCUUCAACUCGUUCUUUAUUAUCAUUAGCAAAAGCUGGUAAAGCUCCAAAAAUUUUCCUUAAAAUUAAUAGAUUUGGUGUCCCAUGGGUUGCAUGUUCUUUAAGUGCCGCAAUUGGUUGUUUAUCUUAUUUAAAUGUUUCAAGUGGUAGUGCUAAAGUUUUCACUUGGUUUACAAAUAUUUCCACAAUUUCUGGGUUUAUUGGUUGGAUUAUAAUUGGGAUUGCAUAUUUACGUUGGAGAAAAGCAGUUUUAUAUAAUGAUCUUUGGGAUCGUGUACCUUUUAAAACUUAUUUACAACCUUAUGGUGCAUAUUUUUCAAUCUCAUUAAUUUCUUUAAUUUGUUUAACAAAUGGUUAUGCAACAUUUUUUGAUUUUAAUGGACCAGAUUUCAUUGCUGCUUAUAUUACAUUACCUGUUUUCUUUGGAUUAUAUCUUGGUCAUAAAAUCUUUACAAAGAAUUGGAAAUUAUGUUAUCCAAUUGAUGAAGUUGAUGUUAUUAGUGGAUUAGAUCGUGCUGAAAAAGUUUCUGAAAUUGCUCAAGCUAAUGAAGAUAUUCCAACUACUUGGUAUGGUAAAUUUUGGUCAUAUUUAAUGUGA